CGCGACUGGCAUCGAGAAGUUGCUUGGUGAUUGAGAUACCCUUUGGAUUGUAGCAUUUCUGAAGAGACUACCGCCAAGAUGACUCGUGUAGGACAGAGAUGGCACGCUUUAAAAGCUAUCCUCAACAUCCGCUUCGGCCUCGGCGCCGCAAAACUGCCUCCCAACGUCACGAGGAUACACAUGGAGUUCGCCAGGCGCGUAGACGGCGGCCACUUUGGUCCCAAGAAAUUCUGGCGCGACAUGCUCCCCCGCCUAAAAUACUACAACCCCGCCAUCCCAAUGAUUGUAAACCGCAAAAACAACAACGAAGGCGCAGCCAUUAUGUCCGUCUACUUCUCCACCACCGGCGAACCCCUCGAACCCUCCACCCUCCCGCAACCCCCCUCCAGCGCAAUCGACAACUCAAAGGCCCCCGCACCCCUCGAGGGUCUCGAGCGCGUCGUCAAGAUCGACAUGAAGAACAAGCACUCGGAGGAAAUCUACGAACACUUUCUCCAAGAGACGAAAGCAGAGGCCGUGCUGCCCGGCCCCGAGGACGAGGCCGAUAUGAAGGCCGUCGAGGAGCUGCGAGCCAAGGGCGAUAAGGACCGGAAGCGGGUGGCCAAGAUUCUGGAGGAGGAGAGGAGGGAGAAGGCUAUGCUUGCUAGGGCGCGUGCUGAGGCGAGCUAGUUGAUGAGAAUUGGUUCAGGGGGGAGGGGAGCAGAACAAAAGUGGUGUGUACGAGCGUGUGGAGAAGAAACCGAAAAAAGUGUAUGAAUAUCCUGUACAAAAUGUACCAAAAAGAAUCUCUGCAAAACGAGAAUGCUCUGGGCGGCAAUGUGACCAGUCUGUCUUCAUGGGUUACAGGACCAAGUUCUGGUCACGAUCACAAAUGCUAGUUCAGGAGACACUACAUGCUGUCAAGUAUGACGGUGGUUGGAAACGAAACGAACUCCUUUCCAUUAUAAGCUACCCAUGGACUUAUC